AUGCCCCCUAUUUACCGGGUGCGAGACCAAACGCCCCCGCUUGAUUAUGGGCUCUCGCACCCCAUCAAACCAACCAUAAUCGAAACCGAUCCUUCCCUUGAAACAUGCCCCGCUUACAUCGCCGCUACAUCCUUAAGUUCCAAGCGCCGCGGUUUCCGUCAUUCCUGGAUAGCAUCCAUCAAUGGGUUCAACUUCAUCGGUUUGGGUGUUGGUGUUCCUAUGAAUAUUGUACUUGGAAAUACGAGCUUUGAAGUUGUUCUUUAUGGGCGUCUAAUUGAGGAAGUUGGAGCGGGUGCGUGCAUUGUUAAUAGACAAGAGUGUAUGGAUUGGAAAGAUAAGUUUGAGGGGGACUUUGAAGAGCGGAUGCUGUUGAGAUUCUCCAAGAUUCGCCAUGUUUGCUUUCCGGUUCAGGAAUUUCGCGAUAACUCCCAAUCUUCUAAGAUUUCUUCCGGCUUGCUGGCGACUUGCUGCCAGGAAACAGAACGAGAGGUUAGCGUUGGAGCGACGGCUAGCAGAGCCGCACUUAAUUGUCCAGAAGGAAUAUUUGAAUGCCUCAGCAAUUGCUCGGCGCUAUUUUCCUGCGCCUGUUGUUACGGGCAGACAAAUACUGGCCUGAACCCAUCAGAAACUCUUGGUCAACGUUUGGAUGAUCAUGCCGGAGUGGGGGGUAGAUCUGGAAACCUUCUUGUCUUCAUCGCUGAUCCUAUGUUAUAUAUAGAUCCUCGCAAUUGUCCAGAAGGAACAUUUGAAUGCCCCAACAAUUGUCCGGCUUUCUGGCGACUUGCUGCCAGAAAGCAAGAUGAGAGACUGGCGUUGGAGCGGCGUCUAGCAGAGCCGCACUUGGUGCGACGCUCUCUGCCAAAUAAAAACAAAUGGAGCAUUGGCUUUUCCAUAAAUUUUGCAUCUAAUUCCUUGCUUACCAUGAUCUCCGUCUUGGAGAUAAUCUUGAGAUCAUCUGUCCGGAAUUCGAGAGAGUUCAAGAGAGAAUUAUCUCUCUGCGCGUUCCAGUAUUCCUCAAAAGCAAAGCAAGAAGAAGAAGGCAAGGCGUUUGGGACCUUGUCUUCCUGGCUUUGGGAAUGA